CCAAAUCAUGAAUCUAGUCCACAGAUCCCCAUACAUACUUGAUUCUUGCCAGCUCGAGAGAAAAAAAAAAAGGAAAGAGCGUGCAAUGCACCACUCCACUUCCCUCCCACUCUCCCGUUGACGUUUGCCAGAUGAUCAACGGCUAAAAAACAAGAGAGAUAAUGAUCGUCUUGAUCGUUGAAACGCACACAAAAAGAGAAGCAUUUGUGAGCUAAGGUGCGUGCAACCCGCGGCGCCGGACGACCUCACCAGCUAGCAAUAGCAUAGCAACAAUGGAGGAACAGCACGACGGCAAGUCAGCCGGGAACCGGCGAUCCCGGCAGUACUACUAUGGCUUCCCGGCAGGCACUACCAUCCCCCUCGUCUUCGUUCUCCUGGUCGCCGGCUCGCUGUUCCUCAUCCUCGGCCCCAGCAACUCCGUGCUCACCCUCCCCACCCUCCGCGUCGUCUUCAACAACCCCAUCCACAUCACCGCCGCAGCUACUCCGCCACCGCCAGCGCCGCCGCCUGCAGCAAGCAACGCGAGCGAGGAGGACAUCGAGGACAUUGGCCUCCCGCCGCCCCGGCAGCUGAGUGACCCGCCUUACUCGCUGGGCCGCGCCAUCCCGGACUACGACGCGCGCCGGUCCGCGUGGCUCGCCGCGCACCCAGAGUUCCCGGCGCGCGUGCAUCCCGCGGGCCGUCCCCGCGUGCUGCUCGUGACGGGCUCCGCGCCGUACCGGUGCCCGGACCCCGACGGCGACCACCUGCUGCUGCGCGCGUUCAAGAACAAGGCGGACUACAGCCGCGUCCACGGCCUGGAGGUGUUCUACAACACGGCGUUCCUGGACCACGAGAUGUCCGGGUUCUGGGCGAAGCUGCCGCUGCUGCGGUCGCUGAUGAUGGCGCACCCGGAGGUGGAGUUCAUCUGGUGGAUGGACUCGGACGCGGUGUUCACGGACAUGGCGUUCGAGCUGCCGUGGGAGCGGUACGCGGCGCACAACCUCGUGGUCCACGGGUGGGAGGCCAAGAUGUACGAGGAGAAGAGCUGGGUCGGCAUCAACACCGGCAGCUUCCUCAUCCGCAACUGCCAGUGGUCGCUCGACCUCCUCCACGCGAUAGCGCCCAUGGGGGCCCGCGGGCCCGUGCGCGACAUGCACGGCGAGCUCUUCGCCAAGGAGCUCUCCGGCCGCCCGCCGUUCGAGGCCGACGACCAGUCGGCGCUCAUCUACCUGCUCGUCACGCAGCGGGAGAAGUGGGGCAGCAAGGUGUUCUUCGAGAACUCGUACGAACUCAACGGGUUCUGGGAGCUCAUAGUGGACAGGUACGAGGAGAUGCGGCGGGAGGGGCGGUGGCCGCUGGUGACGCACUUCGUCGGAUGCAAGCCAUGCCGGCGGUACGCGGACAGCUACCCGGCGGACCGGUGCCGUCUAGGGAUGGAGCGCGCCUUCAACUUCGCCGAUGACCAGAUACUGAAGUUGUACGGGUUCGGGCACGAGUCGCUCAACGGCACCGCCGUGCAGCGCGUCGGGAAUGACACCGGCGGCCCGCUGGACGCAGAGGACCAAGAGCUCGGCCGGCUGUUGCACCCCACGUUCAGGGCGGUCGCAAAGACAGCGUAGACGACGACGACUAACCUUGGAGGAUUUUGUUUUUGUCGUGGUUGCCUUGUUUUUUGGUCAUGUUAAGUAGUAGGAUACUUUCAAGUUUCUAGAACACUUGAGGUUAAGUCCAAAGAUUCAGCCAAUUACUGGAACACCUGCUAUGAGAUGAUAGUCGCACAAAGUAUGCCUACUCUUAAA